CUGUAUUUUGCAGGUUGUACCGAGGAUGAUUUGUCAGAUUUUUUCGAGGAUUUGAGAGAUGAUGGUGGGACCGGAUCGAAUCAUUCUUUUGUUAUGUACGAUAAGGACUCGACGUUAAUUGCUAUAUGCCUCAAUAGUAUUGAUGAAAUUGGUGCAAAAGAUGGACAGCAUUUUAGGCGUGGACUAGGAACUCAAUUAAUUGAGCUUGCAAUCGAAGAAGCUGUCGAAAAUGAUUGUGCCUUCAUUGUUUCGGCAACAACUGCUGUUGCAUCACAAAAUUAA